AUGGCUGUGAAGCAAAAGAAUCGAGCGACGGUCAAAUAUCAACUAGAUCUCGCCAAAAGACUCGAUGCCCGCCGUCACCUCCAACCUAUCUUCAACAAAAAGGGUCAAGAGCUGGCCAAUCUCAGACUAGUCUAUGUCGAGUGUGGCGAACUUGCGCUGUUCAAUGAGCAGUUGUCAGCUCGAGACAACAAGGAUCGACAGUCAUUCGAGAUUUUUCCCGCCUCUUUCAUUUUCGCCGACAAUGCAGCUGCCGCCGACAAUACAGCUGUUACAUGGACGGGUGUCAACAGCGGGCCCGCCACAUUCAUGAUGGUUUUCAGCAUCUACCUAAUUGCUGGCCCCAUCAUUGAAGAGCUCCGUCCGUCUAUGGCUGACAUUACGUCUCUGGGGAUGACAUCCAAGCCCGUGGCUCGCGUGGUUGCUUCCUGGACCGCGGUUUGGAACAUCAUGUCGGAAGCCCCCCCGCCAUACAUCCCCGAGAGAGGCGUGACGACUAAGUCUACCAUCCAGGACCGGGGUUUGGUGAUCACGUCAAGCGGAUGGAACACUGAAACCGAGCAAAGCUACUGUGCAAGGCUUGCUGCAAUGAUCAAGGUUUUCCAGUCCGAUUUCUCAGAUUUCCGACACAUCACGUUCCACAAACUUCCGUUUUUCAACGUCAAAGCGUUUGAACUUCUCGUCCAGCAGAUGCCAAACCUCGAAACGGUGUCUAUCCAACAAUGCCUAUUGAUGGACUACACAAAGCUGCCAAGCUUGCUUCGAGUCAUUGCGGCCAACCCACGCAGCCCUGGCGCAAAGCAUGGCUACAUUCGUUUCGAUUUUGGUCCGCAGUUCUUCGCAGGCCCAAAUGAUCCGAACCGCAAGGGGUCGUACGGUGUGACCCACCAUGUCCCGACUUUCCACAUUCCCAAGUCUGUUUUCGCCCUGGUUUUGGGUUGCCGGCAAGUGUGCAAAAUGGUCGGAUUUGACCCGCUUGACCUGCACGAAUCCUUUUUCACAUUCGUGUGCCGUCUCCCCGGCCCGGAGCUCUGGGCUUUCAAAGCUCGAGACGCAGUCAUCGCAUGGGAGGUGGAAAUCGCCCGUGGACAAGGACCGGAAGAUGAGGUGCAGCUUUGGAAUAGGUUCACGGCAGACCUGACUGCCGCCCUGUCGGGCGACAAUGUCGAGCUAGGCAAUUUGCCUCGAAAAAUGCGCCGGCUUCAGAAGUCGGCACCAUCGAUCGACUAUCGUCAGGAGAGACAGCAAUGCACUAGUUGCCGGGCGUCGCCCCCACUGUCCCUAUUCCGAUACAAGACAAGAGAUUGCUAUGGUUGCCAAGCGGUACAAUUUGUCAAUGAGUGCGAGGAUUCCCAUUUCCGGCACUGGAUAAACGCUGCGACAAACGCGUAUCUCUACCCGGGAGCGAAGGACAGUACUCCCGUCUACAUGCGAGGGUUAAACCCCAACACUCCGGUAAGCAGGGCCGCGGAAACUGCAAGGCUCGAGAAGAUUACACAGCAAACCUCGGGCAACCUGCAGCAACCUGCAGCUGCCGCGCAGCAACCAAACUACGAGUCGCAGUCGACAACGGCAGCUGAUGGAGGCCGCGUUCAUUGGGUUGUGCCGCAAAGCCCGCAUGAGAACACCGCCCUCCAGGUUCUCAUUAACUGGAGUACCCGCAGUUGUGAGGAAGAAGAAUACUCAAUGAAAUUGGGCUUUUGGAUUGCUAGGCAUAUUGAUAACUGCCAUCGCUAUUACAAGAACAUUGAGCCGGGAAAGCUGGCCCCGCUAUAUCCAGAGCCUGUGGCCGAAGGUUCGGACAAUAUUGGAGCGUCAUUGCGGCGGUUGCACUAUCGGAUGCACCAGGAGUUCGGUCCCGUCGAUCACAGCCAAGGGGGUCCCCAGAGAGAACACCCAGCAAAGAAGCCGAGUACGCUUUGCACGACCCCAGCUGGCCAGACGGUCAUCCAGCCCGAGGAGCUCUUCAACCAUGGUUUUGGAUGGAAUCGAAAGACCGAUGAGAUGUGGGGACGUGCAUUUAUCAAGCGCGUCAUGAACGGAUACCAGGGCAACAAGGAAACUGACCCAGACUUCAUCCCCACCGGGUAUCUUCACCACCCGCGUGUCAUCAAUGAGCUUUGGGAUGUCGUGAAAAAUCCAAGGCGCGAGGAAGACCGUCGUAUGGUCAUGCACGAAGUACGGAUGAGGCAGAAUGAGUUUGACAGGGACGUGAUGAUGUGGUCCCGAGGCAGAGUUGAAAAUGACCUGCACUUGAUGUGGUGCCCAGGAAAUCAGUCGUUCUCUAAUGAUAAUGCCUGGAACGGCCGGGAUCCUAAGUGGGAAUCGACUCCACACCGCUAG